GAAUUUGACAUAUAAACAUAUAAACAUAACCCUAAAUAAUUCCUGUUUUUGUUUAUAAAUUUCAUAAGGGAAAAAAUAGUAUCCUAAAUUUUAAUUCCUCGCAUCUUUGAAUAAAUAAGUAUAUACACCAAUGAAAAAUCUUGAUGAAAUUGUUUGGAAGAUUAUUAUUUGAAAAUGGAUUGGAUCUCUUCUCUAUGUAGAGUAUGUGUGGCUAAAACAAGUCAAAUGAUUUCUUUAGACAGCAGUUUUAAAGAAGCACUCUCUGAAGAAAACGAAACUAAUGAGCAGAUUUAUCCAGAUACUUCAGUCCAGGAAAUUCUUCACAAAGUGCUGAAUUUUAUGGAACCUGUACCUGAAAACUAUCCACAAUACAUAUGCUCAAUGUGUCUAGGUAUACUAAAAGUGGCAUACGACUUUAAAACACUAUUUGAAGAAUCUCAUCAAGUACUUGUUGAACUUACAGGAGGCAAGGAAACAAACAAGAGUAAUUUACCAGUAUGUGUGGAAAUAAUCGCUGGUUCAACAAGGUAUAAUUUAAACGACUUGGUAAUUGUAGAAGAACAAAAAUGUGAUCAGCUUAAUUUUAACGGGUUUUUACGAAAUCUCGGAACAGUGAUAUCGGCGAGUUUUGGUCCUAAAUAUGAACGUCCAACAGUCGGUCCUCCAGUGUUGGAGAUUCUAGAACGUCCGAAGGAAGUAUCCGAACCAGAUGUUUUAUCACCCGAAAAUGAGCAGGAUAAAGAAUGUGACGUUGAUUCUUAUAUUAUUUUAUGCAGUAGCGGCACAAUGGCAGAAGAUACAAUAAAGGCAUCGGCAGAUAUGGAAGAUGAGGAUGAUUUAAUACAGUCAGCUGCAAAGUUACAGUAUGAGUGUAGUAUUUGCAAAAGAAUGUAUGGUUCGAAAACUAGAUAUCAAAAACAUGUCGAUAUUUGUGGCAAAGGAUACAGAUUAGGUAAAGACGACAAAGGAAAAACGUCGUUAGUGUCUUUAUUGCAAUGUAAAUUUUGUCCAAGAAUUUUCAAAGAAAGAAAAUUUCUUAACUACCACGUUAAAACACAUUUGAUGCCGUUUUUCAAGUGUGAUAUUUGCAAUCAAAAGUUCAAAAGCAGAAAUGCUAGAAACUAUCAUAGGUCUACAAGACAUAGUCAGUCGAGCUAUGUUUGUCAGAUUUGUGGAAAAGAGUGUAAAACUGCAGCGACGCUAAGUGGACACGAGCAAACCCACAACAAAAAUUCAACGAUGUGCAUUUGCCCAGUGUGCGGAAAAUCUUUUCAUUACAAAGGAGGGUUGUACUACCACAUGAAACAACACACCAAAGAACGCAAGUACAAAUGCCAUUUUUGUGACAGAGAUUUCUAUACUUUGACAGCCAAGAAACGCCACAUAUUAACUCAUACCGGCCAUCGGCCUUUCAACUGUCAAUCUUGUGGGAAAGCAUUUUUUUCCAAAGGAGAGCUGAAGAAGCAUGAAUACACACAUACCGGACAUCACCCCUAUAAGUGUGAAUACUGCAACAAAGCAUUUACUUCUGCGUUUAAUAUGAAAAUACACUGGUUUAAUCACGCUGGUAGCUUCAAUUGCGAGCAUUGCCCAAGAACAUUCAUUAGUAGUAAGGUUCUAGAGUUCCAUUAUAAAGUAAAACAUAAAAAACUUGUCGAAAAACCUGAUGGUGGUAACUAAUUGUUGUAUUUUGUAAAAAUAAGACUGUAUUUUUUUAGUUAGUUAAAAUAAAGUUAAAUGUAAAAGUG